AGAGUAAAAUAAUCUGAACAGUCUGAUUACAAAGGAAUACAUAUUCUAGUAAAACUCGAAGUCCCGAUUCGCGAAGCAUUACGUCUUUUCUUCGGUACAAUACUGCACGUCGUCUUAUUCCUUCACAGAAAGAGAGAUUGGAAAACAGAGAAGAAGCGGGCUCUGUUUUUGCUCUCCCUGAGCUCUCUCUCUGUUCUUCUCUGAAAACCCAAUACACAGUUUGCAAGUUCGAGAUGGAGGAUCGGAAGAAGAAGCAGAGUAGUGAGGAGGAUCGACCUGUGAGAGUUUAUGCAGAUGGGAUAUAUGAUCUCUUUCACUUCGGCCAUGCCCGUUCUCUCGAGCAAGCCAAGAAAUCGUUCCCAAAUACGUACCUGCUUGUUGGCUGCUGCAAUGAUGAAGUUACCCACAAUUACAAGGGCAAAACUGUUAUGACGGACGUGGAGCGCUAUGAAUCACUCCGCCACUGCAAAUGGGUGGACGAAGUGAUCCCUGAUGCGCCAUGGGUUCUCACGCAAGAGUUUCUUGACAAACAUCAGAUCGACUAUGUGGCACAUGAUUCUCUUCCCUAUGCUGAUACAAGUGGGGCUGGAAAGGAUGUCUAUGAAUUUGUCAAGUCUGUUGGGAAGUUUAAGGAAACAAAACGAACUGCUGGUAUCUCUACAUCUGAUAUCAUAAUGAGGAUUGUCAAAGAUUACAACCAGUAUGUGAUGCGCAAUUUGGACCGUGGGUACUCAAGAAAGGAUCUAGGUGUUAGCUAUGUGAGGGAAAAGCGGCUGAGAGUGAAUAUGGGACUGAAAAAACUACGUGAGAGGGUGAAGGAGCAGCAAGAGAAAGUUGGGGAGAAGAUACAAAUUGUGGCCAAAAUGCAUCGUAAUGAAUGGGUGGAGAAUGCUGACCGAUUGGUUGCUGGAUUUCUUGAGAUGUUUGAAGAAGGUUUCCAUAAAAUGGGAACAGUCAUAAGAGACCGAAUUCAAGAGGGAAUAAGGAAGCAACAGUUAAAAAGGCUUUUAUAUGAUGAAAAUGACGAUGACGAGCUAUAUGGUGAUGACUUUGAAAACGAAAGCUAUGAUGAAGACGAAAAUUAAGUUAGUUAUUGUCUUAUUGUCCUAUGAUUGGGCUGAUAUUCUUAGCUAAGAAACAGCUUUAGUUAAGUUUAGCUUCAAUCUUAAGUACAUAACGAUUAGAAUUCUGUAAUUUCUGUUUCAGCUCACAGUUUCAUGCUUGAAGUAGCGCGCAUUAUGUCCAUUCCUUUUCUGUGUUAUCCUGGAUGUAUAUUUGUAUGUGGUGUCAUCUACUUAUCUAUAUAGGCAAUAUACGAAGCACUUGCCAACUUCAAAUUGAGAUUUGAAGUUGGUGGCCAUGCCAAGAAGUGUCAGAACACUGAAGACAUUUUGCAGUUCCCACAAAAACCAGAUGCAAGUGCUGUAGAAGGAAGCUCAGACAUGCCUUUUCUGGUCCUUUUAUUAUGAUCGAGCAUAAUGUGAUCCCUCUCACCAGAUUAUUCACAAAUCUAGCGCUAGUGGUUUCCAACUCUCCAUGAUAGCAUGCUUUAGAUCACUUUGUGUUCAGUCAACAAGAAGCU